AUGCCCGAGGGGACUUUGCCUCCACUGCGACCACCGACGCCCAGUCUCAAGAGGAAACGGACUCCCGAAGCCGAUGAUUCGCCGUUGACGAUAGGUCCAACGGCGGCUGCGGCGCUCGCUGCUGACCGCCCGGCGCGUAUCGUCCCCAAGCCCCUUCUCCGCAACAAGCGGACCGAAGAAGACGGCCCUCGACGCUGCGAUAAGUGCGAGUCCGCGGAAGAAUCACCCGAAAAUCUUCUUAUCGUCUGUCCUGUCUGCGAUUGGUCGUGGCAUCAGCGUUGCCACGAUCCCGAAAUCGGUGCCGGUUCGGUCCGCGACAGGGUACGCUUCAAGUGUGCAGAGUGUGUGAGGGAAGGGGCGGCCAUUGAUGCCUACCGACUGGACAAGCUCCACCAGGAUCAGAUAUCGUCGCGAGGUGUGGCCGACGUCGAGAAGCUGCGCAACGCAAGGCUCGCGGAGCUUCCAGCGUUUAAAAAACCAGAGCUCGUGGGCUUCAAGGCGGGCGAUGCGGACCGCGAAACGGCCCUCACAACACCAGCCAGUCUACCGCGCCUUGCGCCGCCAAAGGUGCGUCAACCGGCGGCAAAGCCUGUCACCAAACGACCAAAGACGUCCGCCAUUCGCAAGGUUCAGGAGACGGAGACCAUUGCCGACCAGCCAGACGAGGAGCCGCUACCUGGUAUAUGGCCCGAGGCCGGCAUUGGUCUGUACAGCAAGUUGCCGCCCGAGCUACCUGAUCCGAUCUUGUUGGGACAGAAUGAUGAGGAGGCGUUCAGUGGGUUCAUGAUUGAUCGAAAUGGACGGCCCGUGGAGCCGGCCUUUGGGAAGACGGCGAAGCGGCAAGUCCACCAGAGCACAUCCAACCCCGAGCUCCGACCCAAGCAGCACGAGUCUCGAGCCCUCCUCGAAAGCGCAGAGGGAGUCAAGGCUGCUACAGAGUUGGAGCUGGUGGAGGGAACCGCCCACGGGAGCUCCAAAGCGCAAGCACGGAGAAAGCAGUGGGAGGAAGACGUAGAUACGGCGAAGAGUGCGAUACCCAAUAGUCAUGUCAGUGCUCCCUCUCAUGAUGCGAAUGCGCCUAGACUUGCAUCUAGCAAGACCCGCCACCCGCAAAGCAACCCUCCGAAAUCCCACAUCGCAAUCACAAACACGCGCCGCGACGAGCCCGUCGCCCGUCUCAAACACGGUGCCCCAGAGGUGGUAGCCUGGCGUGAAGACCCUCGGCCCAGGCACGUGCGCCGCGAAGGCGAUGAAGGCCGCCAGGAGACACGUGGCGAUGCCCGACCGCACGAGGAGGGUGAUGGCGUGGGAGGGACGGAGGAUGCUCAGCAGCGAGAGGAGGGUGUCGAAGAUGAGGAAAAUCAGAGCGGCUAUGACGUUGUGUCUGUUCACGUGUUAGUCGGAGUUUCCAACGCAAGAGCCUGA